ACAUCGAGCGCGAUUAUCUCAUAUUCUCUGAUCGUUCGUAGAGAUAAUGGUCCAUGAAUGAAUUUACAAUCCCUCGUCGAAACGUGGCCCAAUUGUUUUGUCUGUCAUAUUAUAUAGAAUACUGUGUCAACACCAGAUUGGCCAAUGAAUGGCUUCCGCUCUAAAGGAAAAAUCGUUUGAACACUUGACAUGAAUGCGUUCAAUGCGAUGCUGGCAGUGGUUGACAUGCCUAUUUGGACUAACCGUGUGAUAAACGGGUACGCCGGUCAUUUUAAACAUUUCGAAAUCAACAACUCACUCAGUAAUAAGCUACAUGAAAAUGUGAUAAACUGAAUAAUUUCUAAUGAUAUUUCAGUCGCGUCUCGUCAUUUUAUGUCCAACACGCGCUGUUACAAAGUGAAUAAAACCAUGUACAAGACAAUAGUAGUGAUUCUCUGUGUACUGCACGCCGUUUAUGGAGGACCAGAAGAAGAGGAAGGUGUAAAAUACGCUAAUAAAUGCGAAGUGUGCAAAGUUCUUGCCACGGAGCUCGAGGCUCGGUUGGAAGAAACAGGAAAAUCUCGAGAUGUUUUGGAAAUAGGUUACUCGGUAGACGAUGUGGCUCCAAAGAAGAAGAAAGAAUACAAGAAAUCAGAACUGAGAUUGGUUGAAUCUCUCGAGGGAAUAUGCGAAAGAAUACUCGAAUACAAUAUUCAUAAGGAAAGGGAAGACAGCACCAGGUUUUCCAAGGGAAUGAGUCAAACCUUCAAAACUCUGCAUGGUCUAGUGGACAAGGGUGUGAAGGUCGACUUGGGUAUACCAUAUGAACUUUGGGACAAGCCAUCAGUAGAGAUAACUACGCUAAAAACUCAGUGUGAGUCUCUGCUGGAAAAUCAUGAAGGUGACAUUGAAGAAUGGUAUUUUGAACAUCAAGGAAUUAUUCCAUUGAGCCGAUAUCUGUGUUCCGAUCGGGCAUUGAAAGGACAAGAUGACACUUGCUUAAAGGAAAAGGGUGAAACUGGACGACCUAAAAUCGAACAAAAGAAAAAUAAGAAGAAUUCUCGUAAAAACAAUAAAGAAAAUGAAAACAGACCAAAGAAUGAGAAAGAAGAAUUAUAAGAAUACUUGCGCAUAAAUAGUUGUAAAUAAAAAUAUUCUUACCAAAACGUUCUCUAAAGAAAAUCUUGUACCAGUAAUUAUACAUCCAUUUUAAACGAGGUUGAAGUUGAUCUAAAUAUAACGAUGCAUUUUCAAGAAGACUCGUUAUUUUGUAACUUUACUGUUGUGUGAAAUUCAGCGACCCAAUGGAGCAUUAAGAAACUCAUAUUUGCAAAUUCAACCCCUUCAGAGUUGUUCUGAAGCUCUAAGAUGGUAACUUUUCAUAUAAUUAUUCGUAACGGUAACGUUACUAGCUUUACCUGCGUUAUUAUAAAGUAUCUAUUUUAGAGAUGUGUAAAGAAAAGUUAUAAUUUUCAAUAGUGCAAAUUUAUUAUAUCGAUUUCAUUUAUGCCAUAAUUAAACAAAAUUAUUGUGACUCAUUUUAUAAUAAAUCAGUUUUUAUAGCUAA